AUGAAUAAUGCCAUAUCAACUAUAGAAACAUUUUCAAAUGAAUUAUUAAUCGAAAUAUUCGAAUAUAUUUCUCCUUAUGAUUUAUACAAAGCAUUCUUCAAUUUAAAUCGUCGUUUCAAUUUUAUAAUUAAAUCUUUAAACAAUUUCCAUGUUAUAUUACAAGAAGAUUGGGAUGAUAAACGAAAUAUUCCUUUUUUUGCUUCGCAAAUCUCGAAACUAAUUAUUAAACAUGAUGACUUUAUUGAUUUUUCAUAUUAUUCAAAUAUCCGUCUGUUAAAAUUAACUAUGCCAACAGAAAAUCAAUGUAAUGCCAUUCAACCAUCACUUUUACCUUAUCUUGAAUAUUUAUAUAUUUCAAAUUUCUUCUUUUCCGAUCAUUCCAAACAAUUAUGUCGUUUAAUAUUUUCACCUGCAUUUUCCUAUUUACGAAUUUGUCAAAUCGAUCGAAUAACAUUAGAUGAAUCUCAUUCUUAUUUAUGUUCACCACUUCAUCAAUUAACGAUUUCACCAUCGACAUGGAAAUCUAAUAUAUAUCAAUACAUCUUCAAUGCAUGUCCAAAUUUAGUAGAUCUAAGAAUAAUACGUCUACGAAAUUUAUCAUUUAAAUUAUCUUCGAAUAUUAUUUAUUCACAUACGUCUCUUCGUUGUCUAUAUAUUCAUUUCUAUUCGAUUGAAGAUGAUUGGUAUGAUCAUAUUGAAUGGUUAUUAUCAAAUGUACCAAAUUUAGAAAAUUUCAUAUUUAUUAUCGAUCAAAAUGAAUUAAAUAUCGAGUUUCCAUUUAAUUCUCUAGCUGAUUUAUUAAUGCAACAUGUACCAAAUUUAAUUAAUUUUAAAACAAAAAUACCGUUAAAUAAUUUUUUAUCAAAUGAUUUAAAUACAAUCAAAAGAUUUCACCCAUUAUUUACAAAUGUUAAAUUUUAUGGAUAUAUAAAUAAAAAUUUAAAUAGUUAUUUACUUAUUACAUCACAAAAGUAA